AUGGAGUGGAAAGUGUUGGGCCGUGAGAGCAAUGCAAGAUGGGCCGCAUCCCGCAUGCAACCAAAAAAAAUCAUCGGCGCCUGGGGCAUAACAGCCCCCCCUCUAACCCUAGACCUGCGCCCCUGCCUAUUCCCGAGGCGGCUCCGCGGCUCCUCCCGUAGACUCAGGUGUGCUCAAACCUGCCUGAUGGCCGCGGCCUUGCGUGGACUUCUUCGACAAAGGACGGGAUCCAUUCCUGUCACCUCACCAGCAAUGCUGUUGCUGGUGAGAUGCUGCUCCACUGCGCCUACCCAGCCUGCUGCUGCAUCCAGCCAAGAGUGCUGUUAUGCGCUGGGCGCGUUUGGAAAGAUGCAAUUCAGCAGACAGCAGUUCAUACCAUUUGACAGCUAUAUGAAGGAGAACGAGAACUCAAUUCUGGAGCCAGUACCCAUGGACAGACUGAUAUCGCCAGUUGACGAAGAUUUCAACUACUUCACAGCUGAAUCUGCCAAAAAUUUAUCCGAUCUGGGUAUCUAG